GAUGGCGGCCUCCGAAAAGAAAAUCAAUGAAGGAAUGGAACAUAUAAGUCAGGCAGAAAAAUACCUCAAAACAUCAUUCUUCAAAUGGAAACCUGACUUUGACAGUGCAUCUGACGAAUUCAGCAAAGCAGCAACUUGUUUUAAAAAUGCUAAGUCCUAUGAUCAAGCAAAAACAGCCUACCUCAGAGCUGCACAUGCAUUAAAAAACAACCAUCAACUAUUCCAUGCUGCCAAAGCUUAUGAGGGUGCUGCAUUGAUGUUAAAGGAAAUGAAAAAUUUAGAUGGUGCAGGUGAUUUGAUGGAACAAGCUGCACAGAUGUACAGAGAACAUGGUACGCCAGAUACAGCGGCUUUGACAUUGGAAAAAGCAGCUAAAAUGUUGGAAAACACACGACCUGAAAAGGCAGUAGAAUUAUAUGAACGUGCAUGUGAAGUUGCUGAACUUGAAGACCGUCCACGCCAAGCUGUUAAUUCUCUGAGCCAAGCUGCCAAACUGUUGGUGAGAAUCAAGGAAUUUGACAAAGCAGUUGCUGUGCUGAAACGAGAACGAGAGAUUUAUGCGGAAUUAGAAAAUCUACCGUCAAUCUAUAGGAAUAUUGUCGCAACAUCACUAGUACAUCUACAAAGAGGAGAUUUUGUAGCUGCAGAUCAAACACUUAAACACGGUCUCAGUUACCCUGGCUUUGCUGAGAAUGAAAUGUACAAUGGCUUACAGCAGUUAUUAGAUGCGUAUGAUGAACAAGACCAAGAGAGACUCAACCAAGUUGCAUGGUAUCCUGUAUUUACAUAUAUGGACAAUGAUUAUGCCAAGUUGGCAAAGAGUAUACAUGUACCAGGAGGCGGUGUCAAGAAACCAACAUCUGGUGCAUCAGAAGGCGCGAUUGGUGAUGAUAAUGAAGGAGAAGAAGAUGAAUACGCUGGAGGAUUAUGUUGAACGUCCCAUCCCAUUCACACACUGUCAAAUACCGUAGUACAAAUGACAUGACUUGAUUUAAACCACCGAGUCGGACCAUGCAGCUCAGGUCCUAACUCUGUAUGUGUACUGUAGCUAAACAUAAACCUUGAAGUCUUGUUGUCUACUAUAUUUUGUCUUUACUCUAACAUAUGUUACUUGGUUCAUGAACCAUAUUUAAAAUUUACAGCGUUUUGGUGUUAUCCAUGUCAGGUUCUACUAAAGUGGAAUGUCAUUCUGCAAAUAAGUUAUCAAGACAACCUCAAAUUCCAGCUUGCUUAGCAGUUUUAUCUUCACUAACACAACUGUUUGUUUGGAUUAAGUAGCAACAGGAAUUGUCAUAUAAAAUCAAAAUGUGUAUCACAAAACAAUCUUAAAUGCUAUACAUUGAUUUUUGUAACAAGGUCAAUCGGAAAAUCUGAUGUGACCCGGUGACAGUGACUUGUUAUGCCGUGAAUACCAUUUGAUGUAUGACACACAUUACUUCAUAUUUCAAGGUGACUUUUAACAAAUACCGGAGAUUCUAGAAAAGCUAAGACGAGGAUCAAAUUUGCACUGACAAACAGCGCCCUCUAUGGUCAUAUAAGUGUUAAAAUAAUAAAGUUUUUUUUUAACUUUGGGCA